UUCGGUUGCGCGUGGCGCACGGGGUGGGAGCGGAGCCCAGGCCGGGAACAGACGCUGCCGCCAGCAACCAUGGGGAACGUGUUGGCCGCUAGCUCGCCGCCUGCAGGGCCACCGCCGCCGCCCCCGCCCGCCCUCGUGGAUCUGCGGCCUCCACCCUCUCCUCGGGGCUUCACACUGCCGCCGCUUGGGGGUGGCCUGGGUGCUGGGGCCGCGGUUCAGGUUCAGAACAGACUCCCGGGGACUGCAGGCGCCGCAGGGACCACGGACGAUGGGGCAUUCGAGGAGUGCCACCGGAAGUGCAAGGAGCUGUUUCCUAUUCAGAUGGAAGGUGUCAAGCUCACAGUCAACAAAGGGCAGAGUAACCAUUUCCAGGUGAACCACACACUAGCCCUCAGCACAAUCGGGGAGUCCAACUACCAUUUCGGGGUCACGUACAUGGGGACAAAGCAGCUGAGUCCCAUGGAGGCAUUCCCCGUGUUGGUGGGUGACAUGGACAAUAGUGGCAGCCUCAAUGCUCAGAUCAUUCACCAGCUGGGCGCCGGCCUCAGGUCCAAGAUGGCCAUCCAGACCCAGCAGUCUAAGUUCGUGAACUGGCAGGUGGACGGGGAGUACCAGGGUUCUGACUUCACAGCGGCCGUCACCCUCGGGAACCCAGACGUCCUGGUGGGUUCAGGAAUUCUCGUGGCCCACUACCUCCAGAGCAUCACGCCAUGUCUGGCACUGGGCGGAGAGCUGGUCUACUACCGGCGGCCUGGGGAGGAGGGUACUGUCAUAUCUCUAGCUGGGAAAUACACAUUGAACAACUGGUUGGCGACAGUAACGUUGGGCCAGGCGGGCAUGCACGCGACAUACUACCACAAAGCCAGUGACCAGCUGCAGGUAGGUGUGGAGUUUGAGGCCAGCACAAGGAUGCAAGACACGAGCGUCUCUUUCGGGUACCAGCUGAACUUGCCCAAGGCCAACCUCCUCUUCAAAGGCUCCGUGGACAGCAACUGGAUCAUGGGCGCCACGCUGGAGAAGCAGCUCCCGCCCCUGCCUCUGACGCUGGCCCUCGGGGCCUUCCUGAAUCACCGAAAGAACAAGUUCCAGUGUGGCUUUGGCCUCACCAUCGGCUGAGCCACUCCUGGCUCCUGCCUCCC